GAGAAACGAAAGUCAAGUCACAGCCUGUUCCAGUAAUAGGAUCUCAGUGUGAAGCUUCUCCAGACGCUCUCAAAGGAAUUCACUGCAGUCAUGGCUUCCUCCAGCACUCUCCUGUCUGAAGAUCAGCUCCAGUGCUCCAUCUGUCUGGACGUGUUCACUGAUCCAGUCACGACUCCAUGUGGACACAACUUCUGCAUGGUCUGUCUCAAAGAGUGCUGGGUCAGCAGUUCACGCUGCCAGUGUCCAGUCUGUAAAGAGGAAUUCUCCAGAAGGCCUGAGCUGCGUGUGAACACGUUCAUCUCUGGACUGGCUACUCAGUUCAAGAAGUCAAUUCAGGUGAAGUCCAGAAGCUGCCUGAAAAAGCCUUCCAGCUCUCAGGUGCUCUGUGACAUCUGCUGUGAAAAGAAGAGUCCAGCUCUGAAGUCCUGUCUGAUCUGUAUGGCCUCUUACUGCAAGACUCACCUGGAGCCUCAUCAGAGAGUUCCUGCCUUUAAGAGCCACAAACUGAUGGACCCUGUGGAGAACCUGGAGGACUACAUCUGCCAGAAACAUGAGAGACCCCUGGAGCUGUUCUGUAGAGACGACCAGACGAGUGUGUGUCAGUUCUGCACUGAAGGAGACCACAAGAAUCACAGCACGGUUCCUGUAGAGGAGGAAGGUGGAGAGAAGAAGUGUGACUUGGCAAAGACCCAGGCAGACGUUCAGCAGAUGAUCCAGGACCGACUGAAGAAGAUUGAGGAAAUCAGACACUCUGUAAAACUCAGUAAAGAAAGCUCAGAGAAGGAGAAAGCAGACAGUGUGGAGAUCUUCAGAGCUCUGCUGCGCUGCAUUGAGAGAAGCCAGGCGGAGCUGCUUGAGGUGAUGGAGGAGAAGCAGAAAGCAGCAGAGAGGCAGGCUGAAGAGUUCAUUAAAGAGCUGGAGCAGGAGAUCACUGAGCUAAAGAGGAGAGACACUGAGCUGGAGCAGCUCUCCCACACUGAGGACCACCUCCACCUCCUACAGGUUUACCCGUCCCUCUGCAGCCCUCCACCCACCAAGAACUGGACGGACGUCAGGAUUAACACUCAUCUGCGGGUGGAGAAUCUGAGGAGAGCUCUGACUCAGCUUCAGGAAGAGAUCAGUAAGGAGAUGAAGAAGCUUCCUGAGCUCAAACUCAAGAGGAUUCAGCAAUACGCAGUGGACGUGACUCUGGAUCCUGACUCGGCUCAUCCGGCUCUCGUUCUGUCUGACGAUGGGAAACGGGUCACAUGUGGAGACACAGAACAGAAUCUCCCCGACACCCCAGAGAGGUUUGAUGAUUGUGUCUGUGUGCUGGGAAAGGAGGGGUUCUCCUCAGGGAGAUUUUACUAUGAGGUCCAGGUCAGCGGGAAGAUUGAGUGGGAAUUAGGAGUGACCACAGAGUCCGGUAACAGGAAAGGGGAGAUUGUACCAAGUCCUGAGAACGGGUACUGGACUGUGUGGCUGAGAAAUGAGUAUGAGACUCUCUCUGCCACCCACCAGGCUCCCCAGAAGGUGGGGGUGUUUGUGGAUUAUGAGGAGGGUCUGGUCUCCUUCUAUGACGUUGAGGCCAGGUCUCAUAUCUACUCUUUCACUGGUCAGUCUUUCACUGAGAAGAUCUAUCCGUACUUUUGCCCCUGUAACAAUUAUGGAGGUAACAACUUGAUACCACUAAUCAUCACGCCUGUGAAGCACUAACAUAACUAACGUUUUUCUCUAGAAGAACCAUUUUAUUAUGACCAAAAAAACUGCUGAUCUCUGACAUUUUGGACUGUGUUACCAAAUGAGUGGUAAACCAAAGUGAUGCAUAGUUGGACCGCCUUCUCACAUAUACACAAAACAGUGGGUCACUUCUAGCCUUCAUAACUUCAGAACGGUUUUAGGUAGAAACAUGAUCCACAUAUCAGGACAUUCAGCAGACCCGCCCCUAACUAGCAGGCAUGAUGUCAUCGAGCUGUGACAUCAGCAUCAGUGAGUAAUUCAGCUCGGAAAACCACCCAAAAUCCUGAAAUUAUUGCCCUGCUGUUUGUCCUUUGUAUUCCAACAAAGGGUUAAACCAGCGACAUGAUUCACGCGUCAGAUCAUCAGACUCUGACCCGCCAUCCAGAGUGGUUACAUCCACCUGUGACCGUCCAUCAGCCAGAGAUCCAGCCCCAAAAUCACCCCAACCCCACUCGCUACUGCUUUUAGCAUUUAACAUCCCUGCUUUUAGCCUUCGUAUUAUAAAUUGAUUUUGAGUAUUAAAACUGAUUUUAAAUCUGCAACUCAGUUUGUAAUUAAAAAUAGAGCCUGUCCUGCUGUGUAGCAGAGUUUUAGCACUCAGCACGAAUCGAAGAAGACAGAAAAUAAAAAUAAAAUUAAAAAUAAUGAUUAAAAAAACAUUUUUCACCUUAUGCAAAUUGUUUAUUUAUAAUCAUAAUAACCAACAGAAUGAAUCACCAUCAGAAUUAUUGCACUUUCAGCUCACGGGAACUCCAGACUAACUAUUUCUGAAAAGAUAACUACUACUGCUAUUACUACUGCUGCUACUACUGCUACUACUACUACUACUACUACUGCUGCUACUACUACUACUACUGCUACU